CUUAAUGUCAUAAUUUCUUAUAUUAAAAUACUCAAGUUGAAUAUUACACUAAAGAAAUUGUUUAUUAUAGAUAAUACUUUAGGGUUUCAUGAUUCUUUCUGCUGCAAAAAAAUGGAAAAAGCAGUUUUUCUUACCGUACUAUGUGCGUGUAUAAUAUACUUACCGGAAAUAAUCGACGCUCAAUUAAGGCCGGGAGGAAAAAACGUCUGCUCGAAAACUGUAUCUUAUAAUGGCUAUGAACCAAGGCGUCUAACCAGAGUUGGUUACAGAAGUUAUAGAAAGUGCUGCAAACGCUUUUUGGGAAUCUGUACAAGCAGGUGCACACGAUACAGGACGUACACCGUGCCAUAUUAUCAAAAUUACCUGAUUGUUCGAUACAGACAAGAUCAUUAUUGUUGUCAAGGGUGGGCAAGGUCUGGUUCCGAAUGUCCUCUCCCAAUUUGCAACCCAGGAUGUGAUAAAGGCAUAUGCAUUCGCCCAAAUGUUUGUAAAUGUAAAUCAGGCUUUAUUGGGAAUCGAUGUCAAACUGAUAGAAACGAGUGCACAUCCUCUCCGUGCCAACAACAGUGCGUAAAUUUGCCAGGAACAUACGCUUGCACGUGCAAGAUUGGCUUCCGAAAAUUUGUCUCAACACCACAGGAUCCACGAUGUAAAGAUGUGAAUGAAUGUUCCACCAGACCAUGCACAUGUUCACUAAAGACUCCAAGUUGUCGCGCAACCUGUAAUAAUAAUAUUGGUAGUUUUUCCUGCUCCUGUUCAUUUGGGUUUAAAUUGCUUGGUGGUAAAGUUUGCGAAGAUAUAAAUGAAUGCAGUUCCUCAACUUCAAAUCAAUGUCAACAGAUAUGCUUAAACAAACCGGGUGAAUAUACGUGUGCUUGUCGGGCUGGUUAUGAGUUGGACCUUGAUGGACAUUCUUGCAAAGAUAUCGACGAAUGCGCAACCCUGAAUGGUGGAUGCAAUCAGCUUUGCAGAAAUAUGAUAGGUUCUUAUAAUUGCGCUUGCCGUCGCGGCUUCCGUUUAACAAGCAACGAAAAGACAUGCCUUGAUAUUAAUGAAUGUUCUGAAAAGAGGCCAUGUGAUAAUAACAACGGAGUGUGUACAAACAGCUUCGGUAGCUACAAAUGUUCUUGUAAAAGUGGGUUUUACUUGCUACCUGACAAGACAACAUGCCGAGAUAUCAACGAAUGCUCGAGCAAAAAAAACAACGGCUGUCAACAGAAAUGCCACAACGCUAUUGGAUCAUACACAUGCAGUUGCGAAGUAGGCUACAGAUUGGAUGUUGGUCAAAGAAAAUGCAAUGAUAUUGAUGAAUGCAGAGAAAAGUUGGAUAACUGUCAACAAAAUUGUCACAACGCGAUUGGUUCGUUCACGUGUUCAUGCAAACCCGGUUACCAGUUAGAGAAAGACGGAUUCAGUUGCAGAGCCCUUCCAUGUAAAACAAUAACCGCACCUAUUAACGGCAAACUAUCCUGCGACGGUUACGUCACUGAUAAGUCGUGCAAUUUCACCUGCAACGAUGGGUUCAAUCUGAUUGGUUCAUCUAAUCGAACGUGUCAAUCUUCUGGCACCUGGUCUAAUGGGGAUACCACCUGUUCAGCUAAAAUGUGCCCAUCUUUCAAUGGACCUACUCAUGGCGCAGUGAUUAUGCCCUGUUUGGAACGCUUUGGAUCAACCUGCUUGACAAAAUGUUCUAAAGGUUAUUACAUGAAAGGGAGUUCACUCAAUUCUUGUGUUGUAGAGAAUGGAAAAACAUCCUGGUCACCGAAUAAUGCAAGCUGUAUAGCUUUCACUCCUUGUGUCCCUAAUCCUUGUCAGCACAGAGGAAAGUGCAUCAAAGAAAAGACAUCCUUCAUUUGUGAUUGCAAAAAAACUGGGUAUGCUGGGAAAAAAUGCGAUGAGGGAAUAAUAAAAAUAUUAGCGUAUUCCUAUUUAACUGUAAACCAAUCGUCAAUGGAAAUAAUUGUAACAGCAAAACCUGAUGAUUAUAUCUCCAUCCAUCCAUUUACUGCAAAUCCUAAUGAUGUGACAUUCGCACCAGAAGAUUUAUACAUUUACUCUCCGUCAACUCAAGCUAGCUUUACUAUUACUCCAAAAAGACUUGGACAGUUGUUGGUACAGUAUAAAAUAUUCGGUAAAAACGCAAAGUCAUUUCGAGAACUCCAACCAAGCAAAGUCUUUGUAACGCCACCACAAGUACCAGGAAAGGUAGUUAAAAUCACUAAAAAUUUCUUACAUGAAAGCUGUCAAAUUGUUAACCCUAUCACAGCUUGUAAGAGGUAUAAAGCUAUCUACUUUAAAUCAACAUGUUCCUGGUUUAGAGGAACACACGGGUUUGUUACUGUUGCAGGAAGUCAUGCAGAUUUUCCCUUAUCCUUUGUUGGCUUGCACGAAGGGACCUUCAACAAUCUAUACAAACAACGCUGGGCUGAUCCAAAGACAGAAAUGUUAAAAUUUUUAAAAUCAAGAAGUAUUAAAGAAUCUUGCAAUACCUGCAAUGGGAUUGAACAAAAUGAAAACAAUAUGGAUUAUUUAGUUGACAAUAAUUAUUUUCAGAUCAUUUUUCUACAAACUUUAUCAAAAUAUAUGCCGUUAUGGUUAGACAUUAAGCCUGGCGUCGGUCAAUUCAUAUCUGUUGAGAAUCUCAAAUCAACUUUUGGUCUCGGCUCCAAGAUCAAGGAAUUGCCUUCUUGCGUUGGCCUACCAUUACUUGCCAGAAAUGCUUACAUUGUCUACCAACCAACAAUGCCGUUAAUCUUUCAAAUAUCAACUAUAUAUAAGCAGUUAGGUCAAACAGGAAAAGAAUAUUGUAUUGCAGUAGAUCUAUGUCGAAAGGUAGUUCAUGUAAAUUUACCAAAUAGCGCCUCGCUCGAUUUUACUGACAAUCUUGCGGAUGUCAGUCUGCAAAACAUAAGACUAACAGUAAAGGGUUUUUCAAUUCUUAAGCCAGAGAAAUGUUUGGAAUUUAACUUAAUACCUAUGUCAAGAAAUAAUUGCGUAAAGAGUGGUAUCACAUUGAGAAUGAAAGGUGGUAUAACAACAGUCUCGGCGAAGUUAAGAAUGAUUGGAAAUUUUUACAUUGAGCAUGGUAACUUCGACAAGAUAAUUGUCACAAAAUUUGAUGACCAAAUACGUUAUGCAUUUCAAGGAAAUCUCACGUAUGAAAUGAACUUCCCGUUGCUCAACAGUAAUCUUAUUUUAUCAGGCGUUACAACAGGAGGGGAAAUAUUUGGUGAUGUUGGUGGUACCGAGUCAUGUCCAUUAUGUAAAAAUAAAGGCUUGUUUGCUUAUGUUAAGGGUACAUCGAGUAGUUUCAAGUAUGAAGAUGCAACGUUCCGGUUUUUACCAGAUGACGAAAAGUUCCUCAUCUACUUACCCUAUAAUGUAAAUGGCGGACUAGUUAUGGGUAUUAGCAAUAAGCGGCAAGUUAAUUUACAGCUUCGACUGCUUACAGUGACUUUACCCAGUAUGGUAGCUGGUAUCAAAAGCCAAAUUGCAUCGCUACUUCCUAAGGAUGAAGAUAUUUUAAAUUAUUACUUUUCCUCACUUAAUAAAAAACUUAAAGAUCUGCAUGGUUUAUUAAAGAAAAGGAAUGUUAUUUACCAGAAUGCAGUUAGCGAACUAAAAGUUUUAAAAGACAGUGUAGUAGAUCUUAAAGCUGCCUUGAAUUCUCUACAAAAGAGAAUUCCACAAGGUAAACCAGUCAAAAGGUAUGUGAAGAACUUGUUGCUUCGAAUAAGUCAAAUUGAGAACAUUAAAUUAAAAGUGUUGACGUCAAAUAUUAACACUGUUGAUCAAGGAUCGAGGUUAAGUUACUUUGGAAAGUUUUGUGUUCACAAGUUAUGUUUAAAAAAAGCCGACAUAACUAUAUUUAAUUACAUUUCUUCCAACUGCCACAAAUGCAAUCAUAGAUUUCUAAAAAGUCGUAAAUUGUACAUUCAAGUGAAACUCAGAUCCAAUGAACAGAUUUCAAGUACGUUGGCAAUGCAAAGAAAUGAUGAGAUGAUCCUAGAAAUUGAUCAAAACAGCAAUAACUUUUCUGGAACAUUAAAAGCAUCUGUCAAGUUAUUUGGGAACAAUUACGAUCUGAAAUUUCAAAUUGAUAAUUCUGCAGUGAAGUAUGAAAUUAAGAACGUUAGUGUGGGGUCACUCGAUUCUUUCAGUAUUACAGGGAUGGUAUCCAUUGAGAAAGCAACAUGGAAGAAUUUGUUCGCCAGCAUGCAUGGGUCAAGCUAUAAGACUUCAGGCAUGACGUCAAUCACAGAAAAGUAUCUUGAAAGCAUUGCAACCAAAACAUUUAGUCGAAUGGAAAAGUUAAAAGUGCAUGCCGAUAAGUUAUCUUACAAACUUCUCAAAGAAAAAAAAGAUGAAGAAAUUAUUAGAAAUAACCUGCAUGUGUCUUCCAGAUCAUUUAGACUUGCUCAAAAGGUACUUUCUCAAAUUCAAUUAGAGUUACACAAAAACCAAACUUUAAUAGGAUCUUACCUAACAAAUCAUCCGGAACUUAAUCAAUUUAUAGAAAAGAACGUUGAAAAGGUCUGUAGGUGGAAAAAAUGUCAAAAUGUUUGUAUAAUGAUGCCACAAUGCGACAUCUGUCAGGACACAAUUCAACAAAACAUCAACACAUUAAAAUGCAAACAAAGAAAACAAGAAAUCAAGACCAGUAGGUUGGUAUCGUUUGAAAGUAGUUGUAGCCUAACACGGUAUGCUUUCAUACCGGUAUACACCGGGACAUGUCCUCCAGAUCCUGCUGUACAGGCACAGCAAAGGCAACAACUUGAGACAAGUUUGGUAGCUGUUGGGACUUCGGUAGGUGCAAUGAUUGCUGGACCACUUGGUGCUGUUGUGGGUGGAAUUAUUGGCUUAAUAGGAGGAUUAUUUUCUUCUUGCGAUAAAUCAUAUGAAGUUGUUACGAGGCGUUAUGUUGUCCAGGAACCUUGCACCCUUACAAAAAUGGAAAUCAAAACAAUAAAAAGACCAGUGUCGGAUUGCUUCUAUGUGACUAAAAGUGUCCAAACAGGUUUUAGUGUCCCCAGGGAAUGCAAUUGUAAAAUAAAUGAAUGUGCUGCUAAAAUUACAAAACCUUCCUGCGUUACUUUUAAUCUUAAUUGUGAGAAAAAACGCAAACUUUUUCUAUCAAGUUCCAUCCAUAUCCCUAAGUUCUACACAGACUUAUUUUCCUCCAUUCAAGAGUUGCAAAAUAAGCUGGAAUUGGCACAGAUAGAAGCAGAGAAACAAAGAGUGGACAAAUUGUUCUACGAGCAUAAAAUAAACAUUACCUCCUAUCAACUCGCAAAUUUAAUGCAACGUUCUAAAUUUGCAAACGAGACGUUACUAAACAUAAAAGACAUUUUAAGAACAGACUUAUGUUUAUCAAAUCAAUACAAAAAUAAUAAAAGAUUACAAGAUGUAUUAAAGAUUAAGGAAAUGAAUUUUGACGUCGGCUCGCCAAAAGAUGCAAUUGUUGAACUCCGUUUAAAAGUGAUAAAUAUAAAAUCAAAUGCAGCAUUAAUAAUACAGUCUAUAUUUGAUCUAAACAAUGAAAGAUUGUCAGUGGAAUCUAUCGGAAGAAAGAUCUUAGUUGAGUCUCUUUGCAAAAAAAUCAACGUAAGAAAAAGCAGAAAAAGAAGAGAUGUGGGAGUAAUUAAACCUGGUCGAGUUCUUGAUUUACCAUUCACUUCUUGGAACGCAGACAUCAACGCAAAUGCUUCUGCUGUUCAAAAAUCUUGCUUGACUUUGAGAAAUACAUUAGAUUUCUUAAGCCAAACGGUGAAAUCAAUACAGGCCAUCAUUGAGGAAAGAAAAAGUAUUCCGUCACAAAGAUUAACGAUUAUUCCCAAAUCAUCGUUUUCCAAUAACGUUGUUAGCUUAGCACAAAAAGAAUUAUUGAAUUCCAUUGAAAUCAGAGUAGAAAGUUUCUUUCAAAAAAGAUUCUCAUUUAGCAUACUGGAAGAAAUCGAAAAGAAAAUGGACAUUACUACAGGAAGUUUUAACACAUGUUUCAAUUUCAAGGAUUGCACAGAGCUUGCGUUUGAUACCUUAGUUAAUUUGGCGACCAUAAUAAGCUCUCCUAAAGAUUCUUUUACCCGUUUGAUAAAUACAUCAGGAAUCUUACUGGAGGAAACAUUAUCAUCUGACCUCUCUGAUUUUAAACAUCUACAAAGCAAAACUGACGAACUCUCUGGGAUAAUUAGUCAAAUUAACACAUCUUCUCUACACUGUGCUGAUAAACCUUUCAUAAAACCUACUCCUGACAGCGUUAAAGUAUUGGCUGGCGAUUAUGUUUCCUUGCAUUGCGAUGUCAUUAGCGCUCUUCCAAUCAGAUUCAAGUGGAUGAAACAGAGCAAAAUCCUUGAUGGUGAAACAAGCAGUCUAUUAACAUUUAAAAGCUCUCUCGAGGAAGACAGUGCUGUUUAUUCUUGCGUCGUAUCUUCAAUGACUGGUGAAGCAGUCAGCAAUGGAAUUCUGUUACGUGUUUAUACUAUACCUGAAAUUAUUACUAAACCAAAGAAUAAUAAUUAUUUUCUUCCUCCUAUUGGUGGUAUUGAACCAAUAUUUUUAUGCAAUGCAUCAGGCUUUCCAAAACCAACCAUUGAAUGGUACUUUAAAAGUUUUCGCGAUAAAGAAUAUGAAAUUUUAAAAGGUGAAAACGAACCAUUGCUCAUUGUGAAAUCUUCCGAUAAAAAACAUGCUGGUCACUAUUACUGCAGAGCUAAGAAUGAGUACGGGAAGGAUGAAAGUGAAAAAGUAAGGCUGGACAUUCUUAAAACUGUUCCUGCUCGGCAAAAUCUGGUUAUAACAGUAUCUGCACGCUCAAUGGCAUCAAACAUAAUAUUCUCAAAUCUUGUCAAGGAAAUCAGAUCUACUUCCAACUUAGAGGUUGGCUUGCGAUAUAACACCCUUUCUGGGAAAAUCAGUCUGAAUAUUAGCUCCGACCCUGAACUGACGAAAUCGGAGGGCAACUACGAAGAAUUAUUAGAUCAAACUUCGAAGUCACGUCAAGAUAUUGCAAAUGCUGCCGCAGUUUUCGUGACGAAAGUAUUUCUUAAUCAAACACUUAUAAGUGAUGAUGGUAGCGUAUUGAAAGUUGAUAACAAUAGCGUAUCUUAUCAAUACAAAUUCAAUAUAUGCUCCUCUGGUUAUCAAUUACAAGACAAUGGUUUUUUGUGUGCACAAUGCCCGAUUGGUACUUAUGGACCUUUGUGUCGACCAUGCCCACGUGGUGAAUUCCAACCGCAUUCUGGGAUGGCUUUUUGCAUCAAAUGUGCUAAUGGUGAAAUUACUAAGGAUACCAGUUCGACCAAGAAAACAGAUUGUUAUAAAAGAGCAACCGACAUUGUUUUUGUGGUAGAUUCCUCUUACAAUUUCAUUCGACACAAAAAAAGAAAGGCCAUUGAUUUUUUGCAACACAUUUAUAGUGUGUAUAAAAACACAAGCGACGUGAAGUUUGGGCUUAUCGCUUAUAACAGCUGGAUACAUAUCCUUCAUCGUUUAACAGACCAACGUGAUCAAUUUCCAGUUAGUUUGAAGAAAAUUGGCCGUGCUCGAAAUUGGCGAUACUUAUCGCAUGCGUUAAACGCAGCAAAAGCUAUGUUGGCAACUUCACAUUCAAGCACUAAAAUUGUAAUCGCCAUAACAGGUGGAUUAUUGCACGGUUCAUAUCACGACAGUGGGUCUUACUUGGCACGAAAAGUGUCUACUUUGAUGCAAGCCAUGAAUGUCUCAGUUAUUGCAAUCGGAAUGUCGAAUAAUAAUAACAUCAGAGAACUAAGAGUUAUUGCGUCAUAUCCUAAGAAAGAAUACGCGUUGAUUGCAUCUAACAAUACAGUUCUAAUUAGGAAAUGUAAAAUGGUACUGGAUAAACUAAUAAACAAAGAUAAAGUUUGUCUCGGUGAUUCAAUCGAUGUGUCCAUCUUGUAUGAGCAUGUUAUGUAUUAUAACGUGCUAAAGUAUAUAAAACACAGAAAGCAAGUCUUCCAAUUAUUGUCUGCGAUACAUGAAGACAAUCCUGGAAAAUACAACUUUCAGUUUCCCACCAGACAAAGUCGUGGCGAUUUUGUGUUAUACUCAAAAUCGAUAUUUCAAUCGGAGCUUCGAAAGCAGGAUGGGUAUUCCUUAAAUAGACCUAUGGAUUAUCAUAGACACGACUUGUUAUGGCGUAUUCAAAGUGCAAUCAGAGAUGACUUAACCGAAGACUAUAACUCAUUGUCCAAAAUCAAAGUGUUAUUAGUCAUAACUUUAAACCCCAUUCCUAGACAAGUCAUAGAAAAGAUCGUGCCGUUUUACAAAGAAAAAAUUAUUAUAGUUAAUUUUGCUAUAAGUUACACGGAUGAUAUGAACAAAGAUAAGUUUAUCAUGAACAAAACAUUGGAAGUUUAUCGGUAUGGUUUCUAUCAAGUUUACAAAUUUAUUCGUUUGCUGAACGAAAAAAGGAAGAGAAUUUCCGUGUGCUGAAGUUACGAACAACUAAGGUUAUAUGACUAAUGUAAAAAAAAAAGGGUAGUUAAAUUAUGCUAUGACACCAAAUUGUGGAUUUUUAACCCUUUUCUUCCUACCACCUGUAGAGUGAGUGGCCUUAGUUAUCAUUUUAGAAAAGUUAUAUCUCUAAA